AUGAAAGGAGUAAGGAAAAACAACCGCAGGGAACGAGACUGGAGGCGGUGUGAUCUUAGGAACACAACGCCGACGGUGGGGAUGGAGUUAAGAGCGGGAGAUUCUUUGAAUGGAGCACUGGCAUACAACUUUAAGAGGAAAUGCGUCGCGGCGGCAGCUGAGGAGCCACAACUCCCAAGUCAACGAGUCCGGAUACAGCAAGGGAGACAGUUGAGCUGA